AUGGCUAGAAACAGAUCAAAUGGUAAGAAAAAUGUCCAGGGCAAGCGCUUAAUAGACAGAGUGAUUCCCAUGGAUAAAGUCGCUAAAGUUAGUAUACCGAAAAAGACACCUGCAGAACGUACCAAAGAAGGGUUUAGCGUUGUCAAUGGUAAAUUAGUAAGUAGUAAUGACAUUGGCGUACUAUUGAGAGAAGCGCAAGGAGCUAUCGAUAGAAGGAAUAAUGUUUCUCAAAAAAAAAAAAAGAGAAAGGGAAUACAUAGCAAUAGAAAUGCUAAUGAUAGGAAACAAAUUAACAUUAACACCAGUACUGAAUGGAGUAAUGGCCCUCAAGAACUAAAGUGGACACCCUCUGAAAUCAAGCGAGGCCAGAAGUUGAACGAUAUAAACAAGUUUCAUGAUUCACGAGGUUUCGACAUCUCCAAUGGUGAAGUGCAGCGACGUAGUAGUCAGCUCGUUAUAUCUACAAAUUCAGAUGCGUCAGAUAAAUUACUGAUGUUAUUUAAUUUGACAUUGGGUGUGAACCACAAAAAUUUGAAGGAUAUUUUGGAGAGCAUUUCGCAAGUGCAGAUAGCUCAAAUCAGAGUGAGAGACCUGCCCUCUGGAUCCGCCACUGCUAAAGUCCGACUAGCAUACCCCACGACACAAUCUUUAGAAAAAGUAAGGAAACUGUUUCAUGGAGCCCUAGUAGAUGGAAGACGCAUCCAAGUGGUGAUCGCAUCCGACGAAUCGUCGCAUCUGUCAUACUAA